AUGUUGCGUUUUAAUGGAGCUGUUGGGGGUGACAAUCGUGUUAAUGCAUACGACAAUUUGGGGGAACCUAGCACGGUUGCAGUUGAAAAUGUAGAAGUGGUAAUCAGGAAUAAUUCAGGGGGAGAAGAGAAUGAAGAGCAUAUGGCUCUCCUUGAGAAGGAGCAAGUGAAAGAGAAGCAUAAAAAGCGAAACUAUAGAAAGGCUUCCAAGCUGCCACGGCCUCCUAAAGGUCCGUCGUUGGAUGCUGCUGACCUGAAAUUGGUAAAGGAGAUCUCUGCAAUUAACAUGAAGAAGCAUGCGAGGAAUGAACACCUAAAGGCUUUGAAGAAGAUGAAGGAGACCAAAUCGUUAUCAUCAUCACCAUCCUCAUCAUCUCCAUCAUCCUCAUCGCCAUCGUCAUUAAGCAGCAGCCUAUCUGCCAUGGUCAUCACAGUUCUCUUCUUCCUUGUAAUACUCUAUCAAGGUACAGAUUCCGGAGGUAGCCCGAGCAUGAGCUUUCAGGGGUCUCCCGAGCCAGCAUUAGCUACAAACAGUUUGAUUUCGGUCCAGUUCUACAAUAAACCCUUCCCAAAUGACGGAAGUGGACUGGGUUUUUAACUUACCUAGUGCAUCCUUGGCUUUCUUGGAAGACUUAUUUUGCAUGCAGUUUGAUUAUGUAAAGCAUUAUGAGCUUCUGUUUGUUUCAUGUUGGCAAAAUUUAGACCGCCUGGAAAACAGUUAAUAAGUCUAAAGUUUUCAAUCUUUCCCUCCUUUCAGUGGAUUACGCGACCACUGCUUGUUGUAUUUGUGCAUAUAUUGGCUAAACACUAGAUUCAGUUUAUCAACUUAUACUACAAGUUCAUGUUCAUGUUUA